AUGUCUUGGGUCUAUAAUCCGCUCCACGUCAAAACCGACUGGAAGAAGACUGUUUCAAGCGAGACAGGGCUCGGUUUGGAUAUCUAUGUACAGUUCCUUCAGCUAGUUACCGGUGGACUGCUCCUUAGUCCCGAGGUGAACGUUGAGCAUUCGAACAAAACGGCAAAUACGUUCGCGUUCGACAUAGUGACAACGCUGGCGUUCGAGCCGACCCAGGAAUACGUGAAAGAAGCCGUCAAGGCACCAGCCGUGCAGAUAUGGCUGAGAGAGCCCAGGCAGAAGUUCGCACUCGUCAGCGAGCUUUUCGUCGUCACGGGCAUGAAGCUCGUCAAGGGCGCUAAGAUCAAAUACUCGACUUCACAGAGCACGAUGGUCAAGGGGAACCUCGGCAUCGAUAUAAACGCGCUAGGCACGAUCUUUAGGCCGAAAGGCCACUGGACUAGCACGAAUGAUGAUGCGACAGAGUCUAAUCGCGAGUCGGAAUUUGUGUUUGUGUUCCGCGUGAAAAGGCUUAAGUUUGGACGGAAACUGAAGCUUAAAGAGUACAAUAAGGGCGCAUUUAUGACAGCUGUUCCCGAUAUGACCGAGAAUGGCAACGUAUAUUGCGUUUUCGUUUAG